AUGACGACACGUACCGAAAAGUUCCAGCGCAAACCUCGCGACGCUGAUGCCGAACCUUCAGAGACUGAAGAAAUCCUAAGAUUCUCUCCCGAAGAAGAAGCUUCACUCCUCGCCGAAUCUAACACACUAAAAGCUGCUGCCAAUACUCUAUUUUCGCAGAAAUCAUACAAAGAAGCUAUCAAUACAUAUGAAAGCGCAUUGUCGACGUGUCCGAAAUAUUUAGAAUAUGAGAAAGCGGUAUUGAAGAGUAAUGUGGCGGCUUGUCAUUUGAAAUUGGAGGCGUGGAAGGAAGCUGCCAAAGCAAGUUCAGAAGCUUUAGAUGGACUCGAAAAAUUGCAGAAAGACGAGGCGACGGAUAAGAAAAAGGAUGAGGAUGAAGAAUCAGGAAAAGAGGAGGUGAAAGAAGAGGAAGAAGCAGAUGAGGAAAUCAUCAGCGAGGGAGCUGCAAAAGCGGAGGAUACCAGAGGAAAGAAUAUUGAUGAUGCGAAAGAAAGUCGAGCAAAGGACAUUGAGAGAAUAAGGGCAAAAGCUUUGAUGAGAAGGGCGAGGGCUAGGAGUGAACAGGACGGAUGGUCUACUUUAGCUGGCGCCGUGGAAGAUUACAAACUCCUUUCAACCUUUACCAACCUGUCCGCCAUAGACCGCAAAACAGUUGAAACACAACUUCGCGUUCUGCCACUCAAAAGUAAAGCAGCUCAAGACAGAGAAAUGGGCGAGAUGAUGGGGAAAUUAAAGCAGUUCGGAAAUGGCAUACUGAAGCCAUUUGGAUUAUCCACCGAUAAUUUUCAGAUGGUCAAAGAUGAGAAGACGGGUGGGUAUAGUAUGAAUUUUAAUCAAGGAGGGGAUUCAUGAUACGAAUAUUUGGCCGAUACUCAGAAUCAAGGCUUUGGGGCUCCAAGACAGGACUAGAGGUCACACCAUAAUUGUCUAUCAAUCCCGAGAGUAAGUAUGUUCUGGUGCAUAUUAGGCCAUUUUUGAGGCGUGCAUUCUACAUCCUUACACUUCUAAGCAGUCGUUUUGUACUAGGAUACUGGACUUUGAUAAUGGCUUUGCUAUACCGUAUCUUCACCUAUCACAAAGACUCUUACCGGGCCGCACCCAUUUGAUAUCAAGAAUAUAAUCUGUUUCACAAGGUCUACAUCAUGCUUAUCUUUGCGCUUCAUUUAUCGAUUUCACAUGAUACCCUUUCUUAAGUCCAACACGACACUUGUAUUGACGAAUGU